CCUCUUCGAGUGCCCAUGAGUUCACGAUGCCCUCACCUAUCUGUGCAGUUCCCAUGCCAACAAGAACAGCAGAAGGAACACUGGCUUCGGGGUCAAGGAGUAAUAUUCAGGUGGAGGCAGAGAUGAUGGAGAGACAUGUCAAAAGCAUAAUAUAUGAGACCCACCGCCACGUGUCAGUGACCGACUUAAUCAGCUGAACUUCAGCGCUAAUAAAAGCAACGGAGCCCUCACAUAAAAACAGUUCCGAGGACUGCACCAGAGAGACUUUGCGAGUGUUGCAGUAGUGAUGGAGUUCAGUUACCUGACUUCCACUGCGUACGAGUCUGGGAUGGACACUGGCCGAGCCUCUAGCCGCUCCACGGAGUUCAGCUCCUGCAGUCAGCCCUUCAGCUUUCAAUACAACAGGUGCAAUUUAGGAAACACAACCAGUUGCCAUUUCGUUGCGCCUGGUUCUCAUCAACCCUCACACUACAUAACAGUUCACCACAAUCUUCUGGCUUAUGAACGAGGCGUCCAGGAGAGACGCAAACAAAGGCGCGUGCGCACCAUCUUCACGAGCGCGCAGCUGAAAGCGCUCGAGCGCGUGUUCUCACAGACGCAUUAUCCAGACAUCUACACACGAGAGGAGCUCGCUCAGGAGAUCCACCUUACUGAAGCUCGAGUUCAGGUCUGGUUCCAGAACAGACGUGCUAAAUUUCGCAAACAGGAGCGUGCAGCUCCAUUGAUGGAGUCAUCUUCUAAAGCGAACAGUUCACCUUCCCACUACAGCUCCAAAACGAUGACAGUCCCUGACCCAGACAGCACACAACACACCCCUACCCGAAACCCAGACCACAAACAGGACAACAGCAGUCUCAGAGAGGACCAGGCUCCAGACGAAUUGACCUUGUUCACACAGAGGUCAAGAGGUCACCAAGCUCACUGCAUGUGUUGAAAGAGUUCAAACCCUCAGAACCCACUGCAUAGAAAUCUAUAGUUUCAUUUAUUUACCUCAUUUAUGUUAUUUAUCUGCUAGAACCUCAUGUAAAAAAGUUUGUACACAUAUGGGAGAGAUACUAGAUUUAUAUCUUUUUUUAAUGAUUUUAUUAAAAUGCAAAUAAAUGAAGCUGGAUAGAAAAAAAGUGUCAUAUAAUCAGCUAACAGUGUAAUUGUGUACUGCUUUUUGUUCCGGAAGAGAUUAAUAUAGCUAAAUAUUAAGAUUUACAGUUAACAUUAUGUAACAAAAAUUGCACACACACA